AUGAGGAGAAUCAGGACUGUGGUGGUAUUUGUGUUGUCAUUGUUAUCUCUGUGGUGCUAUGAGGACUCCAGGCUCAGGCCUAGGCCUGUUGCUCAAUUUCUGCUGAGGUUCCUAGGCUUCAUCUUCUGGGGGGCUGCUGCAGCUAUGGCCUGUGCUGGAGUUUUUGUGAUCCUGAUUUACAAGAACUGCAGAUAUUUAUUUCAGGAGUCUUUCUUGCUUCUCCCUGGCUGGCUGGCUGUUGCAGCUGCACUUAUCUUGGUACCUACGGGAGUUCUGGCUGUCUCUAUUUCUCUUAAGGCCUCCCGCUGUCAGCAAGGGAUUCUCAUGUACUUGCUGGUGAUCCUUUUUUGGUUAGAAUUGUCUUUGGUAGUUCUGACACAGAUGUACUCUGUUCAGAUGGCCUCUGAGCUGAAAAGCACUAUGGGUUAUCUUGUUUAUCACUACAAUGGGACUCACUCACAGGGUCCUGGCAGCAUGGCUGUGGAUUUGGUACAGAGGGAGCUACAGUAUUGUGGGAUCCAAAACUGCACAGACUGGCUGAAGACAGCAGCUGCCUCUGUGCAUCUUUCAGGUAUGAAAUCUGGUGUCACUGAAAGCUGUUGUAAGGAGAAAUGUUCUCACUGCAUGGGUGACUUAAACCAUCUGGAGCAGCUGUUUCAGGAAGGCUGUUUAAAGAAGCUGGAAGGCCAGUUGCGUUUUGUGAUGCUCCGCAUGUUUUGGUGCUGUACUGUGCUAAGCGUCUUGGGCAUGUUGGCUGGUGUCAGCAAUGGCAUCCUCAUGAGGCAUCAGCUUCUCUAUGAACUCCAAAUUCUGGACUCUGCUACCUUCUCAUAG